CUCACCACGCUACUGACGUGCUCCGUCUGAGAGCCCUGAUGCGCUACGGAGGAUACUACUGCGACAAAGACGUGUUCGUGAUUCAAUCCCUGCGACGCUUCCUGCGAUACGAGGCAAGCCUCAACUUUGAGGGCGGAGUCAACAUGGGAAACAUGGUGAUGUUCUUUCACAAGAAUUCGCGCUUCCUUCGGCUCUACCUAGACACCUAUCGCCGUCUGCGCCCGUAGUGGGCAUGGGCCAUUAAUAUCGCAGAACGGGAACACGGAGCCAUCAUGGAGCCACGAAAUCAGUUGCCUGGACACCCGAAAGAAAUGACCCGUCCGGCCGGCCUCUGGAGUCGUUUGCUGGAACUCUUAUUGUGGUUAAACGUGGUCCUGGCUGUCCUAACGUUCUUCGUAGCUGGAAUGACAAUCGACCGCUAUUUGAAGUUCUCUGGAACUGGAACCUACAAACAGAUGCACGUUCCGGCGCAGAGGGAGCAUCUUCCAAAGAGCUUCUACGACUCGGACGAACUUUCUGGGUACAGCUAUGAUAUAGUGCCGGACAUACUGCACUUGGUUAGGUACAAUGCGACCGAAGUGGACUUUAUUGACGUGGUGGCCUUCCGCUCCAUGUAUCUGAACCACCGGCCCGAAAAGAUAUACGUUCACUGCAGUCCUUGCGGCUUUCAAGGCAACUACACUCGCUUUCUGGAAGGCAUCAACUUCACCUUCAUCCCAGCUGUUUUCCCCACAGAGGUUUUCGGCAUUCCCAUAAAGGUAUCCCACCACGCUACAGACGUGCUCCGCAUGAGAGUGCUGAUGCGCUACGGAGGAUACUACUUUGACCGAGAUGUGUUCGUGAUUCAAUCUCUGCGACGCUUCCUGCGAUACGAGGCAAGCCUCAGUUUUGGGAGCGGGGACAACAUGGGAAACAUGGUGAUGUUCUUUCACAAGAAUUCGCGCUUCCUUCGUCUCUACCUAGACACCUACCGCCGGUUUAACGACUCGAAUUGGUACUACAACGCUGGCGAGCUGCCCCCCAAAGUUCUGUUCCAACCGCAUCCGCAUCUCGUCCAUCGAAUGCACUACGGCCUGGAAACCGGAAUGGACAUGCUGGACGCCUUGUACAAGCCACACGCCUACCCGUAUUGGCGGAACGCUUUUGCCAUACACUUUCUGUCACGCUUCCGAUGGGGUUUGCAAUACGAUGCGUUGCACGGAGCUGCGUUUAACGAAACGAACAUCCGAGACGUCGACAAUGCCUUUGGAGAGAUGGCGCGCUCGGUUCUGUUCGGGACGUCCGCCUUCGUGACCCCGGAUGCCCCCAUCCUGAGCGUGGCUGAGCUCGCGGCUAGAAAGGACCGGGGCGAGGACCUGACCAGCGUGCGGCCCGGAAAUGAGCGGCCAUUUUAUUACCCUAUGAUAAGCGUGACCAAGUUUAAACGCCACCACUGACGUGAGCUCACCCGGAAAUUGUAUACGGGGGGCUCUUAGGUUGUGAAUUAAUUUCAAGACUUUAUAAAGUGUUCUGGUUUACCGAACAGGGCCAGCGUGUCUAGGCUUAUGUAUCGUGAUGCCUAGUGUAUAAAAUGUUUGAUGAGUUUUCGCAGUGGCAA